AUGCAGAGUGGAAACCUCACUUCAGUUACAGAAUUCCUUUUGUUAGGGUUAGUGGAUGAUCCUAAAUGGAACCUUCUACUUUUCUGCACCUUUUUGGCAAUCUACAUCGUGACUGCAUUUGUUAAUAUGUGCAUGAUCAUUUUAAUUUGCUUCUCUUCCAAACUCAAGAAUCCAAUGUACUUUUUCCUUGGUCACUUGUCUUUUUCAGACCUAUGCUAUUCUUCUGUAAUAACUCCAAAGCUACUGCAUAACUUGUUCUCCAAUCAGAUGUCUAUAUCCUACAAAGGUUGUGCCACACAGCUCUUCUUUUUUGCUUUGUUUGUGGGUGCGGAAUGUUUCCUCGUUACUGUUAUGGCCUAUGACCGAUAUGUGGCCAUUUGUAACCCAUUACAAUACAUAAUUAUUAUGAGCAGAUAUUUUAGGAUGCGGUUGGUUGGGGUUGCCUAUACUGGGGGUUUGCUUACUUCUGUAAUACAUACCAGUUGUACUUUUCACCUGUUCUUCUGUAAUUCAAACAAGGUCAACCAUUUUUUCUGUGACAUUCCUCCGCUCCUUCAGAUUUCCUGCACUGACACAUUUUUGAGUGAACUCUUUACAUUUCUCUUAUCCAGUGUUCUUGGAAGUUUUUCUGCAAUUGUAAUAGUUGUUUCCUAUGCAAAAAUUAUUACUUCCAUUCUGAAAAUCAAAUCUCCAGAGGGAAGACAGAAAUCCUUCUCCACCUGCUCCUCGCACCUCACAGUGGUGGCCUUGUUCUUUGCGACAGCCAUAUUUAUUUAUGCAAGACCUAUCUCCAGUUACUCUAUUGAGAAGGAUAAAGUGAUUUCAUUAGUGUAUACUGUGGUAAUACCAAUGUUAAAUCCAAUCAUUUAUAGUCUAAGGAACGCUCAAGUGAAGGAUGCUUUUAUUACUGCUUUGCAUAAAACAAUUACCUACAAGUAA